AUGAAUGGUGAUAAUUUCAAGGAAUGGUUUGAGGCUAUUCUACCUCGACUUGAACCUAAUGCCAUCAUUGUAAUGGACAACGCACCAUACCAUUCCGUCAAAUUGGAAAAAUAUCCAAGUACGCGUUGGAAUAAAGCCCAAUUAUCGGAGUGGCUUCAAUCAAAAGGUGUUAUUCUUGACAGACCAUUUUUGAAGCAUGAACUGAUGGCCAAAGUACGCGAAAUACCACGUAAUAAAUCUUACGUAAUCGAUAAAAUUGCAGAAGACGCAGGCCACACUGUACUCCGAUUACCACUUUAUCAUUGCGAAUUUAAUCCAAUUGAAUUGGCAUGGGCUAUGGUAAAAGGUUACGCGAAACGCGAAAACACAUCGUUUAAGAUCGACGAUGUUCGCUAA